AUGAAUAGAGACGAGAGUAAACCAGCAAAGUCAUUCACCUUUGUGGUGGAUAGUAAGGUGAAGGAGACUGCUCCAUCAAGACCUUUGACAAAGUUUGAUUAUAAAGCUUUGGAUAAGACAUAUUCAAAGGUUGCUCGCUCAAGUGUGGAGAAGGACUCGCCAUCCAUCGUGCAUAUUGGAGACCAUGCAUUCAUCCAUUCAGCAAUAUUGGCAUAUAAUCAACAUAUGCAUCUUGUUAUCCGUCCAGACGAUAUCUGGUUGGCUUUGAUCACACAGUUCUCAUUCUAUGUCAAUGCCAACGCCGAGACCCUGCGCACCAAGUUCGUCGCACACGAUGGCAAGAAGGAGCUGGAGGUGAAGUCGGGUGGCACUCUACACACUGCACCCUAUGAACAUUUGGCCAUGAUGAUGACCGACCAGAUCGCAGCCAACAUCAAGGAUCCAUCAGUUCGCGAUUGGGUGUUGCCAUCGUUCACAACUACCUCCAACACUGACCGUGUUGUUGGCGCCUUUGCCCUGAUGGCCACGCUAAAGAAGUACUUUGACUACAAGUUCUCACUAUGCUGUGGCUUGCCCAAGGUCACCAUCAUGGGCACAGUCGAGGACUGGACACAAGUGAGACAGCGAGUGGAAAGGUUCGUCGAGUUUGACGGCAAGGAGCGCCACAUGAAGAAGUGGGUCGACAUGUUGUUGCCUGUACUAGACAACAUGAUCAAGUCGGCCAAUGGCAAGCCCGACACCAAGUGGUGGAACCAGAUUGCAAACUACGUUGGCGGUGGAUCAGGCCCAACCUGGGUCUCUGGCUGGAUUGGCGUGUUCAUGGUGUUCAACGACGAGGGCAAGUGGCAAGGUGAUAUGAAGAAAGUACAAUUUUGGAACCAGGAGAUUAAGUCAGAGUGGCCACUCGUAGACACAUCGGACAUACCAAAGGGCUAUGUAUCAUGUCCACUCAAGAUUGAUGACAAUGGCACCAUGUACGACACCGAGAUCUAUGCAGGACACUUGGUAUCAAAGUUGAUCAAUGACAACACAACCAUUGUGCCUCAAUUGGAUUGGUGUAUCUUGGUCAAGGAUCAACCUGCUACAGUGUAA